AUGAAGCAUCUUAUUUCCGUAGUCUUCCUAUCUGGUGCUCUCAUUCUUGGCUUGCCUUUACCACUUCCCAAGAAUGCAACAUCGGAACUUGAUGCCCCUCCGGUUGAUGAUCUACUGUUUGCAGAGAGCUAUCUGGAUGCCUACUAUACUUCAGGACCAGUUUGGAAAAGGAGCACAGACUCUCUGCCAUAUCAGCUUGGUCAAAUGCAGUCAUUUUUUGGCCUGAACGCUACCAGACAGCUGGACACAGAGACCCUUGAGCUGAUGAAACGACCACGGUGUGGUGUCCCUGACAUGGCAGGUUAUAGCUUCUUCCCCAGGAAAAUGAAAUGGCCAACAUGGAACUUGACAUACAGAAUUGCAAACUAUACUCUGGACCUGAGUCGUGAAGAAACAGACCAAGCUGUACGAGAGGCAUUCCAAAUAUGGAGCGACGUCACCCCUCUUCGUUUCACCAGGCUCUCACACGACACAGCUGACAUUGUGAUCUCUUUUGGAAAGAAAGAACAUGGGGAUUUUUUUCCAUUUGAUGGACCAUUAGGCCAGCUGGCUCAUGCUUUCCCUCCUGGUGACAAUAUUGGUGGAGAUGUCCACUUUGAUGAUGAUGAAACCUGGACCAGUGAUUCCAGAGCUUUUAAUUUGUUUGCAGUUGCAGCCCAUGAAUUUGGCCAUUCUUUGGGACUACAACACUCCAGCAAUCCCAGAGCCCUGAUGUACCCCCUUUACACCUACAGUGGCUCAAAGGACUUUCUCCUUCCUGAAGAUGAUGUGGAAGGCAUCCAGGAUCUUUAUGGUCCACAAACAAGAAUGGCCGCUGCUGAAACUCCAAGAAGGUGUGACCCAAACUUCUCUGCAGAUGCUAUCACAGAAAUAUAUGGGAAGAAAAUAAUAUUCAAGGACAGAUUCAUGUGGCAUCAUGAUUCUCAGAUGUCCAGUAAAGGUUGGGUUGUCAUUCGUUCACUUUGGCCUGGAGUUCCAGACCAAGUUGAUGCUGCUUACAGCCUUCCAGAGGAGGACCUUAUCUUCUUAUUCAGAGGGAAUGGAUUUUGGGCUGUGAAAGGCUAUGAUACACUUUCUGGAUAUCCCAAGAAGCUGUAUGAGCUUGGACUCCCAAGCAGUGUGGAAAAGAUAGAUGCCGCAUUUCAUGAUGUGAAGAGUGGAAAGACAAAGUUUUUCUCUGGAGAUGAGCUAUGGAGUUAUAGUGAGAGAUUUCAGUCUAUGGAUCAUGGUUAUCCAAAAUUAGCAAAGGAGGAAUUUCCCGGAAUUGUGGACAAGGUUGAUGCAACAUAUCAACAGAAUGAUUCCAUUUUUUUCUUCCAUGGGUCGGUCCAAUUUGAAUACAGCAUCUGCCAUAAAGGAAUCACCCGUACUUUGCAAGCAAACUCUGUGUUAGGCUGUUAAGUCACAAACAAUUUUGUUAAUGCAGAAGUUGCGUCAUCCAAAGAUAUAGCAAAACACAGAAGACUGCAAGCAUGGUUGCAUGUCUGAUAGCAUGGCAAAUUGUGCACAGUUUGGAUCAGAACAAUAUCCAGUCCACUGUACAUUGAGACAACAUCUAUUCUGGUUGAAGGAACCAAAGGAUAUACAACUGAAUU